CCUCUUUCCAAAGUCCCUUCCAUAUUCUUGCACCCACUCUCUAUACAUAUCCAGCACCGGUCCAUCCAACCUUGUAAUUAGCUCUGCACAAAGAAGUUCGAGAGAGAGAGCGAGAGAGAGAAUAGUGGGAAGAGAGGCAGAGAAAAUGACUUCUCGCCCUCCCGGCCUUCGGUUCUACCCAACAGAAGAAGAGCUUCUGAAUUUCUAUCUGCGAAACAAACUAGAGAACACGAGGCAGGACAUGGAACGCGUCAUACCCGUCGUCGACGUAUACAGCUAUGAUCCAGAGCAGCUCCCUCCGAUGUCAGGAGAAGCAAGCAUUCAAGACCCCGAGCAGUGGUUCUUCUUCUGUCCAAGGCAGGAAAGAGAAGCACAAGGGGGAAGACCAACACGCACCACUCCUUCUGGCUACUGGAAGGCAACCGGCUCCCCAAGUUUUGUUUUCUCGUCGCAGAACAUAAGGAUUGGUGUGAAGAAGACCAUGGUUUUCUACACAGGAAGAGCUCCCACUGGGACUAAAACCAAGUGGAAGAUGAACGAGUAUAAAGCCCUUGAAGAAGCAGCAGCAUCAACGUCGAGCACUCCUCCAAAGUUAAGGAAGGAAUUUAGCGUGUGUCGAGUGUACAUCAAAUCAGGGACCCUACGGUCGUUCGAUCGGCGGCCUUCUGCUGCUGUCGCCAUGAACAGUGAGAGCCAGAGAAAUCCCGAGGCAUCCUCCUCCUUGGCCAACCCACAGAUAGCCGAGAGGACCAGCUCCCAAGGCAGCUUCUCAUCGGGGGACGAUGGCUCGCAGCCCAUUGCCGCUGAUGGAACCUUUGAUUGGGACGAAUUCAUCAAUUCGGAGGAGUUUUAUUAGGAAACUGGGAGCUUUCACCUUUAAUUUUCCUCCUUUUUUUUUUGGUAGACCGAAUUCUUUGAUUCAUGUCCCCAUGAACUAAUAAAGAACAGAGCGAUGUAUUCUUUUGUCUACCAAAAAAAAAAAAAAAGAAGAGCGAUGUAUUUUUCAUUGCUAAAGACUUGAGCACCAAAAGAGGCGAUAAAGAUGGAGUUGCCACGAUGUUGCUAAGGCUGUGAAAAAAAAAAA